AUGCUUCAGAACAUCAACAGGGUAGACAAUAUAACUAAUGUCAGAGUUACUGGUCCUGAAGAAUCAUUAAUAGAGGGAAAAUCAUCUGCUAACUUCAGCUCUGAGGGAUCUGGCAUCAUCACCUCUGUGCAGUGGAUGAAAGAUAACCGUCCUCUGUCUCCUAGCAACAGCAUCAUCUUCUCAUCUGAUCACAGAUCAGUGUCCAUCAGUCCAGUGCAGAGAUCAGACAGUGGAGAAUAUCAGUGUACAUAUAGAAACCCUGCUAGCUCUCAGACGGCAAAACCUGUGCGUCUGAUCAUCAACUAUGGACCAGAAGAUGUUUCUGUUAAGGGUGAGGAUGUGGUGGAUUUAGGGGUUCGUGUGUCUCUCUCUUGUUCUGCAAAUUCUGAACCUGCUGCUUCAUUCAGCUGGAAGUUUAAUGAAAUAGACACCAAUGUGACGACAGACACAUUCACCAUAAAUGAGACUGACUUCACACACAGUGGAGAUUACAUCUGCACAGCCUCCAAUAAUGUCACAAAGAGAAACGCCUCACACAAACAUGCUUUACUAGUUAAAGUAGGAGGAGCUGGAGGAGGAAGAGGAGGAGGGCUGUCAUCAGGGGCGAUAGCUGGGAUUGUCAUUGGGGUUUUAGUGGCAGUUGCAGGCAUUUGUGGUCUGACUGUCUAUUUAACAAAAACUAAGAAAAUCCCAAAGUUAAACCAACAACAAAAAGGACAAGCAAGUGAAGCAGCACAAAGCAGACAGGAGACAAAGGCCAGAGGAGAUGGAGCGAUUCCAGGGAAGAUGAGUGAACAUAUAUACGAGAAUGACAAACAUGAAAAUGAGUAUGAGAAUGAUAUGUAUGAAAAUGUAAAGCUUGAAGAUUCAAGAAGGCCAAGGGCUCCUACUCCUCCUCAGGUCUCAAACCCUCCUCCUGUGCGCAGGUGA